AUAUAAAUAUAUACAGAGGAAUUCCAUGAUUAUCUGUAUAUAAAUAUCUAGGCCUAUGCUAAUGGAGAGAAAAUAACGACUUGGGAUUACAUUAAACGGCGAAAAAACACCUUGCAGAACAAGCAACAGCAACUUGUAUAUUUUAUCAAAUUUCCUCGUCAAACAGUCAUAUUCAGCUGUUUGCUAACUUAUGCUGAAUUUUACAGCUGUCUAUAUCUUCAUUAGUUACCAAACCACCUCUCUGUUACUGAAACAGGGUCGGGAUUUUGAGAGCGUCUACACCAAUCAUAGGUAUACGGAAAAGGAGAGAGAAAUUUUGUCUUCACACGACAGUUUCGACUACCUCCCAUCUCAUUCUCCUGUCUAUAAAGAAUGGCUUAAGAGGCAGCCAGCUAGGCUCGAUUGGGACCGAUGGAUAAUGAUGGGACUGAUAGGCCUGUCGAUAGGCAUGGUCGGCUUUCUACUACAUCAGCUCAUUCAUCUCGUCGCCGAAGUGAAGUGGGAAAAGGCCGAACACUUGAUUAAGGAAGGACAUAUUAAAGCAUGGUUGUUCGUUGUUGGUUACAGUUGUUUAUUCGCAGGUUUAAGUUCAGCAUCAGUUGCUUUCAUCUCCUUACCCGCAAGCGGAAGUGGUAUACCGGAGAUUAUUGGCUUCCUCAAUGGAACUGUAAUGCGUCACGUAUUUAACAUGCGUACGUUCGCUGUUAAGUUCUUUUCCUGCAUUUGCGCUGUCGGCAGCGGCUUGCCUGUUGGACCCGAGGGACCGAUGAUCCAUAUGGGGGGCAUAGUCGGAACGGGUCUUAGUCAGUUUCGGUCGAGGACCCUGGGUUUUUCCAUACCGCUCUUUACUCGAUUCCGUAACUCCGAAGAUCGGCGAAAUUUUACCUCAGCAGGAGCAGCAGCAGGUGUUGCCGCCGCCUUUGGCGCACCCGUUGGUGGUCUCUUGUUCGCUAUGGAGGAGGUCUCUUCUUUUUGGUCUAUGAAAUUAGGAUGGAUGGUUUUCUUUUCAUGUAUGUUAGCAACUUUUACGGCCGACUUAUUUAACUCGGCUUUGGUAAGUUUUCAAUAUAAAGGAACUUUUGGGUUAUUCGACACGGAUAAGUACAUCAUCUUCAAGUUGGGAGACGCAAUACCGGUCAAUCUGCUUAUGUUCAUUCCGGCUAUGCUACUAGGGGCACUAGGAGGUUUCCUAGGAGCAUUAUUUACUAUGUUUAAUCUAAAGAUAGCCCGCACAAGAAGACACCUCUUUCUCAGCAUAAAAAGGCCUUUUCUGCAGAAAUUCGCUAGAUUUCUGGAACCACCUUUGAUUAUGAGAGGAGACAGUGGUGGAGGAGGACGAGAUGGGAGUGGGAAGGGUAGAGAGUGUAUUUGGGCUUCGAUUACGAUAUUUCUACCCAGUGCCUUUCCGUGCAGGCCUAUGAUUUGUCCUGAAGAUGGCAACGUCACAAAUUUAGUUACGAAAGUAUUGCAGCAGAUGGGAUCUCCGACACCAAAUGAUAACACACCUUUCUUCCAACAUCUUCGGCAGGGUAAUAACCAUAAAGGUCACGUAAAGCAGGAGCUAACGGAAGCGGAUAUAGCUCGUGUACUUGACGGUUGUUCUAAGAAUUUAAAGUAUUUAUAUCAUAUGCAAGUUGAUGAGGAUAUGAAAUCCUAUCGCUGUCACGAGUCGGUAAGAAACAAUGACAGUCUUGUAUUUGGGGAAUAUAACGAAGCUUGUUGGGCUAGUGGUAGUGCUAUUUCUAGUGGGAUCGUCGUCCCAAUGCUGAGUGAUUGCAGAUUUAUCGGUGGAUUAUACGGAAGAGCAGUGGGACGUUUAUUGGUAGACAUACAUGGUGGAAUACCAAAAGAGAAAUUUUGGAUGUGGAUUGAUCCUGGUGCUUUGGCUCUGAUUGGUGCUGCUUCGUUCUUUGCUGGCGUAUCCAGACUUACUAUGUCUCUUACGGUAAUAAUGGUAAGUAAACAUAUAAUAAUAAAAAAAUAA